GUUCUGUUCCUUGUGAUCUACAUCUUGACGUUAGUCGGGAACCUGCUGAUUAUUAUGUUGGUGGCAAAGUCCCAGAGUCUUCAAUCUCCCAUGUACUUCUUCCUCAGUCAGUUAUCGGUGUGCGAUCUCCUUCUUACUUCUAAUAUAUCCCCGAACAUGCUCCAUGUGAUAAUUAAUGGAGGAAGCACGAUAUCUGUGACUGGAUGUAUCAUACAACUUUCUUUUUAUGGUUUUUCAAUAGCUGCUGAAUGUCUUUUACUCACCGUGAUGUCCUAUGAUCGGUAUCUGGCAAUAUGUAAGCCGCUGCAUUACAUCUCCAUCAUGGAUCUCAAGCUCCAAAUCCACCUGUCUGUUGGGUCAUGGCUUUUGGCCCUUCUUGAUUUGUUGAUUACCAUGAUUUUUGUGGGUAAGUUACAGUUCUGUGGUCCUCUGGUUGUUGAUCAUUAUUUCUGUGACCUUGCUCCUCUUCUGUCCCUGUCCUGCUCAGAUAACACUAUUCUGGAAAUCCUGGAACUUGCUGUACCGUUUCUGUAUGCCGUACUCCCGUUUGUCUUCAUUAUUUCUACAUAUAUCUCCAUUUUUACUACAAUUUUUGGAAUUCCAUCCAGCAGUGAUAGAUUUAAAGCCUUUUCCACCUGCAGUUCUCACUUGGUUGUGGUGAGCAUAUACUAUGGAACUAUAAUUGCAGUUUACAUGGCUCCUUCCCAAGGACAGUCGCUUAAUGUUAAAAAGUUUAUAUCGCUUCUAAAUACCACAGGAGCCCCAUUUCUCAACCCAGUUAUAUAUAGUCUUAGAAAUCGGGACAUUAAGAAAGCGCUGAGAAAAUUUCUCUUAUGUUUUAAAGAAAAUUGA